CUCUUCCCCUCCUCUUCCUCCCCCUCCCGCCUCUCAUUUCUGUUGACGUUUGGCUUUUGUGCCUGUUUUACCAAGUGCGCAUAAUUUUCCUUUCAAAAGCGUCUAUUCCUGAUUGGAGUUUAUUUUUUUUAUGCUAGCGUGUGAUACUGCAACGACUCUGAUGUAGUGCAUUUCGAAAGCAACGCGUGAAUCGCUUAGAAGCGCGAGCUUUUCGCCCAGGAUCUUCAAGGUUUUGUUUCCUUUGUCAUACUGUCUUCCUGUGCUCAUCUGCGGAGGGUAUUUCUGUCGGUCCGUCUGCUCGUCGUGCUGCUGUUUCUCUCGCCAGCUGGACAAAAUUCACAUUGACUUGUAUCCCCGAACCCCGUUGUGGUUGUAAACAAAUCAUUUCCGCGCGCAUGUUAUUAUUUAGGCUAACAAUCUGAAAUAGCUCGCAGGCUGUUUUGGAUUAGCACCUGUCUGGAAUCUUCGACAGUAUUCGCGUAGGGAUAAAUGUUCUGCAGAGCUGCUUUAGGAUGUCAGUGUGUUGUAUUCUUCUCGCUCGAUAAAUUGAUGGUUUGUUUUGUGAUUCGGUAGGCCGAAUUGUAUAAUUCUCCAGUUGAGACUGUUUUGCAUAUCUGGCAAAAGGAACUUGAUGAUUGGUUGACCAAUUAAGAGCUUCUGAGCUGUUGUUGUUGUUUUGGAUUUUGAUUAAAGAAGAGGAAGUUUAUUUACUGGGGCAAGUUCAACCAACCAAGAAAGAAAAAACAACAACAAUGUUUCAUUAUUUGAAUGAUGUGGAUGACAGCCCAUACAUGAUGGAUCCAUUCGCUGCGCACAGGCAUCAGAUGAGGAGUCUCUUUGGGUCCUUUGGGAUGGACCCUUUUCCUCUCACCCCUCAGAUCCAGCAUCCACGUACUAGUUUGCAGCCACAAGCUGGAGCCUUGUCCCCCUUUGGCAUGAUGGGAAUGGGUGGAGGUUUCAUGGACAUGUUUAGCAUGAUGAGUGGGAUGAUGGAGAACAUGGAACAAAUUUCUGGUUCUCCAAACUGCCAGACCUUCUCCUCCUCCACAGUCAUCUCAUACUCCUCCAUAGACACAGGCGCACCUAAAGUCUAUCAGCAGACCAGUGAAUUUCGCACUGCCCCUGGGGGUAUCAGAGAGACACGUCAAACGAUGAGGGACAGUCAGAGUGGGCUGGAGCGAAUGGCUAUCGGGCAUCACAUUGGUGAAAGAGGUCACGUGAUGGAACGCUCAAGGAACCGUCUCACAGGAGACCGUGAAGAGAGACAAGACUUCUUCAACCUGGAAGAGAGUGAGGCAGCUGCCUUUGAUGAAGAGUGGAGGAGAGAGGUGGGCCGGUACCGCCCCCCUAAUGCCCGUAGUUUAGAUUAUGGGCGUGAGCGGAGUGCAGGGGUAGGACAGCAGCUGGCCCUGACAGCGCCUCCGAGCUCCUCCUCCUCUCCCUCGCCUCACCACGAGUCACCACGCCACCAUCCUCCUCACUCCCGCCCACGCUAUGACUGGUGAGAGAUGGAGUUAUGUAGCUGAUGCUGUGAAGAGAGAAGGGAGGGAUAGAGAAGAAAAUUAUAACAGAUGGGUCAAAUGUUUGAUAGAUCUGAACUGUCUCAAUAUUUGUAGUCAGCUCCUUACAGGGAUGUGUGAUGGCAUGAGGUAUCAUAACACAGGCUGCUGUUUUAGACUGCAUUUCUGUUGUGUGGAUUUUGGCCUGGCCUGUGUACUUCAUACCACAUUACGACUCCCAAAGCAUACACACCAGCAUUCAUCACAAUUCAGACAGCUCUUCAACCUUGUGAUAUAUACAUACACUCAGACAUCUUUGUAUUUAAAUGAAUUCUCAUGCUUCCAAUAUUUCAGUAUCCAAAUAUUUAAUGAUACAGUACACGUAUAUACACAUUCACACACACAUUCACUGUAAAGUCUGUGUAUGUUUGUGUUGACACUAGGGUAUCUGUGGGUUAAACUGUACAAUGCUGACUAAUUAAACAUAUUAACUAAUAAAAAAAAGACCUUGUUACAUCA